UGCAGUUUCAUCUGCAACAAUCUAACGUCUCCGUCGGUCAACAAAGCGCGCGCCGACAUUUUCAAAGCCAAAGUCCGCCUUUUCCGCUCAGCGGCUCAGCCAAUCAGAGGCAGGGGACGGCUCAGCCAAUCAGAGGCAGGGGACGGCACAGUGACAUUUAUUCCACGCGGCGUGUAUCACAGCUGUCUCCGCUGGCCAGCAGCUCGCUGCUCGCUCUUGUUUCACACACAGAGAGAGAAGAUGCCUGAAGCGGCCAAGUCUGCGCCCAAGAAGGGCUCCAAGAAAGCCGUCACCAAGACGGCCGCCAAAGGAGGCAAGAAGAAGAGGAAGACCAGGAAGGAGAGCUACGCCAUCUACGUCUACAAGGUGCUCAAGCAGGUGCACCCCGACACGGGCAUCUCCUCCAAGGCCAUGAGCAUCAUGAACUCCUUGGUCAACGACAUCUUCCAGCGCAUCGCCUCCGAGGCGUCUCGCCUGGCUCACUACAACAAGCGCUCCACCAUCACCUCCAGGGAGAUCCAGACGGCCGUGCGCCUCCUGCUGCCCGGUGAGCUGGCCAAGCACGCCGUGUCCGAGGGCACCAAGGCCGUCACCAAGUACACCAGCUCCAGGUAAACCACCUGCCCUCAACACCCACAAAGGCUCUUUUAAGA